AUGAACGUCACCAAAAAAUUCGACCGCCUCAAGCAAUGGACCAACGAGAAAAUGGGCGCCGAAGCCCGUACAGGCCUCUCCGACGAAUUCAAGGCGUUGGAGGUGGAGAUGAACCUACGUCACGAGGGCAUGGAUAAAAUGCAGCGGGCCAUGGCUGUCUAUGUCAAAUCACUCUCCAAGCGCGCAGAAGGUGAUGACAAGGAGAAGCAGCUUCCUGGUGGCCAUCUCGGCUCCUCCAUGGUCACACAUGGCGAGGACUUUGAACCAGAUUCCGAGUUUGGCAAUUGUCUAUCGUCUCUGGGCCGCGCAAAUGAACGCCUGGCACGAGUGCAGGAGACCUAUGUCGCCAACGCUACUACAUCGUGGCUUGAGGGUCUCGAGCGCUCUCUAGUCCAGAUGAAGGAAUACCAGGCUGCACGCAAGAAGCUCGACGCCCGCCGUCUCGCCUACGAUACCUCGCUCGCCAAAAUGCAAAAGUCAAAGAAGGAAGACUUCCGCAUGGAGGAGGAGCUGCGCUCUCAAAAGGCCAAAUAUGAAGAGACGAGUGAAGAGGUGUUUCGUCGCAUGCAGGACAUCAAGGAGUCCGAGGUCGACAUGGUCCAGGACCUUACUGCUUUCCUCGAAGCCGAGUUGAGCUACCAUGACCGCUGCCGUGAGAUCCUUCUCAACGUCAAGCGAGAAUGGCCCGCCAGAGACGCUCGUGCAGCACCUGCUCGACCACCCCGAUCUCGGUCCAAUACUGCUCAUGGAUAUGCGGACCGAUUCAAUCCCGUUGAGGAGGAGCCAGCUCCGGAAGUGCCGCGCAUCACAAUACCCAAGCUGAGCUCUCGCAGUCGCUCACCAGGUGCCGAGUCACAAUCUUCUGGUGGUUAUGCCCUCCGGCCUUCCCUUAGCCGCACCUCUACCUAUGAUGAUGGCGCGCGUGAUGACUCUCCAGCUCGGCGAGUGACUCGUGUACCGACCGACCCUGGCACUGUCAUAUCCUCCCGCAAUAACCUCCGACCGGCUCGCAACGCCAACGCAUUCGCCGACGAGUACGAAGAUGAUUACUCGAACAACAAUAGUAGCAACAACUAUAGACGCGAUCGAUCACCUCCCAGCCCCGAUAACUCAUCUGUUGGUAGUGCGCGUGGCAGUGUCAUGUCACGAGCUGCAAGCUGGACACAAGCAUCCGAUCCAGGAAGCGCAAAGAAGGCACCUCCACCACCGCCCCCUUCCAGGGCUAAGAAGCCACCGCCACCGCCACCGCCAAUGAAGCGAAGUGCGUUGAGUGCUUCUGAACUCGCUCGAUACUAG